AUGCUGUCCCUGAGCUGUGCGGACCCCUGGCCGGAGGGCUCGGUGGGGCUGGAGGAGGAGGUGGUGACGGCGGCGGCGCAGGCGGAGCAGCGGGACGCGCAGGGCGGCUCGCUGUGCCUGGACGACAGCCUGACCAGCCUGCAGUGGCUGCAGGACUUCUCCAUCCUGGGCGCCCAGGCGCCGCAGCAUCACCUGUUCGGGCCGCAGCGGCGGCCGCCGGGCUCCGAGGCGCCCGCCUCGCCCCUGGCCGGGGACCCCGCCUCCGCCGGGCCCCCGCUGACCCCGGGGAAGCCCACGGCGGCGGCCUUCAGCCGCCCGCGGCCGCUGCCGCUCAUCGUGGCGCACGGACACUGUCCGGACGAGGUGGACUAUAGGACCAACGCGCACAUCAAGCCUCCGUAUUCCUACGCCACGCUGAUCUGCAUGGCGAUGACCGCCAGCAAGAAGAGCAAGAUCACCCUGGCCUCCAUCUACCAGUGGAUCACCGACAACUUCUGCUACUACAGACACGCCGACCCCACCUGGCAGAACUCCAUCCGACACAACCUGUCGCUCAACAAGUGCUUCAUCAAGGUCCCGCGGCAGAAGGACGAGCCGGGGAAGGGCGGCUUCUGGAGGAUCGACCCGCAGUACGCCGAGCGCCUGCUGAGCGGCGCCUACAAGAAGCGGCGGCUGCCGCCGGUGCAGAUCAACCCGGCGCUGCAGAGCCGGCUCCGGGCCGCCCGGCCGCCGCCGCCCGGCGCCGCCCCCGGCUGGGACGGGGCGCCCGCCGUCAGCCGGGAGUCCCAGCGGCUCCUCCGGGAGUUCGAGGAGCUGACGGGGGCCGACCAGACCUGGGACCCCCGCCCGGCCGAGGGGACCAUGCUGGGCUCGUGGCCCGUGGUCCGGGGACGGAGCGGCGGCAGGAGGAAGCGGUCGGCCGGGUCCAGGACCGGCGGCGGCGCCAAAGCCCCGCGCCGCCCCGGCUUGCCGCUGCUGUGCGCCGACGAGCAGAAGGAGGCGGGGCCGCUGAAGGGGGACUUCGACUGGGACGCCCUGCUGGACUCGGCCCUCAGCGGGGAGCUCAGCCUGCAGGGGGGGGACCCCGAGGAGGAGGACCUGAUGGUGCAGGGCACCCACAUCCCCCCGCCGGGCCCCGAGGCGGCGGCGGACCUGGACGAGGAGACCUACCUGGCCACCGCCUUCCUGGAGACGCCCUGGGAGGAGGAGGGGGGGGAGGGGGAGGGGGAGGAGGGGCGGAGCGGCCGCGGCGACUUCCUGUGCAGCUCCGCCGUCAUCCUGGACCAGCUGUUCGGCCUGGGGGAGCCGCUGGGCGGAGCCGGCCUGCUCUGA